AUGGAUAGUGGUGAAAUGGAGGGCGUGGAUAUUGCGACAUCCCCACGUGUAGGGAGCGGACGCAAGGCGACACUCUCCCUACAGCUGUUUAUGGCUACAUCUCAGGCAACUGCUGUCUCACCGGUCAUUGCAACACCUGUGGGAGAUGCAUUCCAACGUAUACCAGAACUACCGCCAGAUGCGAUGCCUUCGCCAGUGAAUUCCCUCACUUCUGGCAAGAGCUCCACGCUUGCGUCGACGAAUUCUGCCGCGCCAAAGAAGAGUUUGUGGCCUGCUGACACUGGCGAGGUAAAUGCGCCGACAUCAGCGAAAAUAGCAGAGAGCGAUGACACUAUCACUGAUGUGCUGACCAGUACGACUAUGUAUGAGAAUGAAGUCGGUAAGGUUACAGAAGAUGACAAAUAUAAUGACGAGUCUACGGGCUCAAGUACAAGCCAGAGCUCUGACAGUGAUGUGGACAGUGAUGAAGACACAGAGAACGAAAUGACGAUUGCAGAAAGGCGACAAUAUCUGGAUACGGUUGGGCAAAGGCGACCCUCUGCUAUUAUUGCAUCCCCUGCCCUUGGGCCAGACCAAGCUACACAUACCCCGCACCACCCACACCAUCAUCAUCACCAUGUACAGGACUCUAACGAACCGCCACCCAGUGUUGUACAAUUGCAACCUUAUAAUCACCAGGUGGGCGGUCAUAGCCACAUCUUCCGAUUCUCACGUCGAGCAGUAUGCAAGCCCCUUACCUCGCGGGAGAAUCAGUUUUACGAAGCUUUGGAACGUGAUCAUCCAGAUAUGCUGGCUUUCGUGCCCCAAUACCUCGGUGUAUUAAAUGUAACGUAUCGUAAUAUCCACCGAGAUUCACAAGUAAAUACGGCGGAGGAUGGUUCUGGAGAUGACGCCUCAGCCGCCCAGCCACGUCGUAAGGUAUUUGACGGACAGGAAGAAAUGGAGGACCAAGUGCCAGAGGUGGCCGUUAAUCAGAAUCAGCAUAUUAUGCCGAAAUGGCUUGUGAAGCAAUCACAACAUGGGAAUUCCGUGUCGGAAGAGGUCGUCAAAGCCGGUACAGCCUCCAUAUAUGGAAAAGGCAGUACGUCGGUAAACCGUCGUCUUCAAGAGCAAGUAAUCCGAGAAGUGUUCCGCCAAAACAAGCCACGUCAUCGAUGUAAGCGAUCCAUCAGUGGUCCUGUCAGCUCUGUUUCGAGCAUGUCUACCUCCUGGGAUGAUAAGAAAGAGUGUCGCUCCUCUGAUAUGUCGCAGCCCCAGAAAGAAGAGAUGCAGCCACUCGCUCGAUCCCAAGACAGCAUACCGGCUGGUCCCAUGGACGGAAAGAAUGCCUCUGAGCCAGAGGGGGAAGAUGACCCUCAUGCACGUCAAGAGCAGUUCAUUUUGUUGGAAGACUUGACAGGCGGUCUGAAAGCGCCAUGUGUCUUGGACCUAAAAAUGGGGACUCGACAGUAUGGAUUGGAUGCGACAGAUGCCAAGAAGACCAGUCAGACAAACAAGUGCAAUAAAACCACGAGUCGUACACAUGGUGCACGUAUUUGUGGUAUGCAAAUGUACGACGCUCGUACACGUGAAUUCGUUUUCCAGGACAAAUAUUACGGUCGGCGAGUGAAGCCGAACGACUUCACAUCCGUCUUUGAGAAGUUCUUCCAUAAUGGUCACCAGGUACUCGUCCAUCAUAUUCCUGUCAUGGUACAGAAGCUCCAUCGAUUGGCACGCCACGUUUAUAAGCUCAAGGGCUACCGCUUUUAUGCGAGCAGUUUGUUGCUCAUCUAUGAUGGUGAUCUACAGCGACAGAAUGUGCUGAUGCAGUCAUUUGAAGCAGACCUUGCCCAUGGCAUCCAUGACUCAGAAUCACAGUCCACAUCACUUGGAUCGGAGCCUAGCUGUGACAUGUCUCGCAUGGUUGACAAUAUGCAUACGCUGGUGAUGACGCCCAGUGGCUCCGGCAGCCCUAUUUCAGCUACUAUGACACCAUCUAUCACAUCGUCAAGCAUGUCAUCAACAGCUAUUGCGCUUCCUUCACCUGCGAUGUCGGCCCAGAGUGUAGCUGAUGAUGAUUCGUCGACCCAUAGCCGUCGACAUCGUCGGCGUGGCAUGAUUGAUAUUCGCAUCAUUGACUUUGCCCACUGCACGACGGGAACGGAUUUCUACUUUCCCGAAGAUCACGGCGGCAGGCCGCCAACGACUCCAGAGGAGCUAGAAUUACCUGUGUCACGCUUACCACCGGCAAAUCGUGAUCAACCGGACGUGGGCUACUUGUGGGGUCUUCGAUGUUUGGCGUUGGCGUGCCAAGAAAUUUGGAAUCGUGAACGCCAACGCCGAAUGGACGCCUCAGCAUCAGAAUUAUGUCCAGGGGUGCAAGGCAGUGCCUAUGAGAGUACAACCCGUACUGUUGAUAUUGGCGAGCUGCCUCUCCCUGUCGAUAACAUCUUCGAUCGUCUGUUUGGCGAUGGCCAGACUGGUUUGCUUUCGGGGUAUAUAUCCACAUGA